AUGUCGAGCACUGGUGAGCGCCCAGUAAACCCCCGACUUGAGUCACAUAGGCACAUUCCUGGCGAAUACAUUGCUACACCUAGCGAUGAGAAGACAUUCCUCAAUUACGCCCCCGUUAUUCAAUCCUCAUCCACAGACACAAGCGCACCGAUUGCGGCCGCGGAGCCUACGUCUACAUUGGACCCAUCUCACGUUCAGCAUUCGAGUGUUGACCCCACAUCUACAAACGAACCUCAUGAGCUGAGACACACUGGAACACUUGGAGAGCCUCAGCCAAAGUCCGCAGAUGACCACCACUACGCUCGCGAUGCUGCCAUUGCUGGAGGACUUGGUGCUGGCGUAGCGGGCUUGGGUGCGCAUGCAGCUUCGAAGACUCACGACACCCAAGACGCUGCUGGCAGCCAGCCCUUGUACGAAGAGUCUAGCCCGUACAGUAGCAAGAUGCUUGACCCUCGUGUUCUAGGCGCUUCGAAGCCAGAAGAGCAGAGAUUCGAUGAGCAGAGGUUCGAUCCAUCGGCCAAAACUGAGACGGCUCCUACCAGUGGUUCAGCUAUCUCUGGCCCUCCUGUCUCGCACAACCCGUCCGAGACCACAGACUCACAGCACAAUUACGGCCGUGAUGCUGCAGUAGUGGGCACAGGUGCUGUAGGAGCCGCUGGAAUGCACCACAUCCUUCACCAGAACGAUAAUCCUAGCACUACUAACUCUGCGAUUCCCGAAAAUUCAUCUUACCCUUCUGCCACGGGGUCGAAUGUUGCUGCUCCUCAGCCAACCUCAAACUUCUCUAAGCCGCUCACCACUGCGAGUACCUCUGCCUCUCAGCCUGUUGCGAAUGAUCAUUUCUACGGUGCCACAGGAGCCCCCGCACCAAUUUCAGAUACGAGUGCACAACAACCAUCAAGUGGUCUAGGUCAAACAUCUAGCGCCAGCGCGGUUCCUGAGAGACAUCCAGAGCACCACUAUGGUCGCGAUGCUGGCCUCGCCGGAGCUGGCGCUGCUGCUGCCGGUGGUCUCUAUGCUGCAAACCGUGACAACACCGACAGCGGACCAGCUUCCAGCACUAUCGGACCUCAUUCGAGCAACGCUGCCAACAUCGUGGACCCUAGGGUUCAGCCAGAGCCAAGCAAACAGAUACACCACAACGUCGGACCAACAGCUGAGGACCCUGCUUCGCGCACGAUCGGCCCGCACAGUAGCAACAUUGCCAAUAUCGUCGACCCAAGAGUUAAGCCUGAUCCAUCCAAGCAAAAGGAGCAUACCACAGUUGGACCGCAUCAGUCAGACACGUUGAAUCGCCUGGACCCCAAGGUUGACGAGAAGGCUGGCCAGCAGAGUGAGCAUCAUUAUGGCCGGGAUGCUGCUUUGGUUGGAGGUGCAGGCGCCGCCGGUUACGGUGCAUACCAAGCCGGCAAUGCGUAUGGCGAUCACAAGACGACACAGCCUGAAGCAUACGAAGCUGGCACUGCUGGAACUGCUGGCACUGCGUACGGUAACCAGAGCAUGAAACAGCGAGCACAAGACGCUAUCAACGCGUACGGCGACCACAAGAUGACUCAGCCUGCCGCUUCCAUGCCAGACCAGAGAUACGAUCCCACGGCUGCCGGGGCACGAGCGACCAACCCAGUUUCUCCAACAAGUCAAUACAACUAUAACGACCCCACUACCCAAAGCAAUGUCAACCGCACUGAUCCCAACGACCACAUCAACAGGAAUGUCGCGCUUGGAGGAGCAGGUCUUGCAGCUGCCGGGUUGGGAGCAGGAGCUUACGCUGGAUCCAAACAUGACAACACUACUCAGCUUCCACUUCGACAGAAGCAAGACAUUGCGUCUUCCGGUCAGGCUGCGUACCCAACGCAAGGUAUGGCACAGUCUUCAUAUCCUGUGCACGAGACUAGCACAAGCGCAUCGUACCCAACCUCAGGUACCAUCGCGCCUUCCGGUCAAACCGCGUAUCCAACGCAAGGUAUGGCACAUUCUUCGUAUCCCAUGCACGAGACUAGCACAGGCGCAUCGUACCCAACCUCAGGUACCAUCGCACCACACAACACGCAUACCCAGGAAAUGUCAUCUCAACCCUGGGGACCUGGGGCAGUUCCGGUGAAUGACAGUCACGAUAAGCGCAACGCGGCUCUUAUGGGUGGCGCCGCAGGUGCAGCGGGCCUAGGUGGUGCAGCUUACAUCAACUCUCAGAACCAAGACGAACGCGAGGCGGAAGAGCGUCUGAAAAAGAUUGCCCAUGAUCGCGAGAAGGAGCAGCAUAGACUUGACAAGGAAGAGCACAAGCACGACAAAGAAGUGCACAAGCACGACAAGGCCGUCGCAGCACACGAGAAAGACGAGCAUCGUCUGGCCAAGGAACACGAGAAAGAGCAAGCGCGUCUGGUCAAGGAGCAACAUCACCGUGAGAAGGAGCUUGAGAAAGAGAACGAAGGCGAGGAGAAGAAGAAGCACGGCCUUCUUGGAUUCUUGCACCGUGACAAGUCCAAGAAAGAAAAGUCGACUGCCAGUCCUGAAUCUUCACCGCGCCAGUCUCGCGAUUACAGCCCUAGACACUCCAGAGACUAUGGCGAUGAUCAACCCGACUCACCGCGCUGGAAGGGCAAGCACCUGCUUCACAAGGACCCACCGAAAGGUCACCCUGCCCGUGAGGCUAUGGAGCACCAGCAGAUGACCGAGUCGACUGGUUCGGUAGGAAAGAGGGAGCACAUGGGUGUUGAUGGUCCGAUUGGCAACCCAACCAUGAUCUCAGGCGAUCGCGAAACUCAGCAUGGCGUCCACGGUGCGCAUCCCGUCUCGGAUCUAGACCGCGACAACACGGUCACUGAGCCACACACUGGUCUGCCCAUGAACACCGGGCGCUUCGGCACCGGUGCUGGCGGAACAGACGGUAACCCUGCCAUUCAUGGGCUCCACGAACAUUCUGGUCCGGCACCGGGUCAGAGCACAACGGAUUGGGAGGCUAUUAGGAAGGGCAACACACCAUACUGA